AUGGCAGCUAUCAUGCUACUGGCAUCACUUUCUCCGCGAGUGCAUGACCGAGAGUUCGACUUUACAGCUCUGCGAUUCGCCUUGCAAGACGAAACCAUGUCGAAAUAUAGCCUCACAGAUCUACCUCCUGAGCUCGUUCUCGAGGUCAUCUCGUACCUGUCCAAUUCUCCCUCCUCUUUGAUUUCAUUAAAGCUUGCCAGUAAACAACUCUGGUUCACGGCACCAGAGCCGCCCACAAACUGGUUGAAAACCGCAACCGACUGCCAAAGAACUGCUGCAUAUCGAGCCACUCGCGAGCGAAAGGAGUUGCUGGGUGGCCGAAGACGAUGUGUGCACUGCGGCAUCCUGGCUCCCACUCAUCGCUUCCCAGGAACUGCUCCCUUAUGCAAAUGGCACCAAGCUCGGUUCAGAAGUAACUCAAUCCCGAAGCACAUGGAGAGCUCACUGAAGAUCCGAUUACUGUUGUUGACGCGGGAAAAGGAAGAGGCUGUGUGGAUACCGAUCACCAGGAUGUACUGCGCACAUGAGAGGGAGACUGUGGGGUGGUCUAUCUUCAAGUGUACGUGUACGUGCGAUAGCUGUGGUGGGUAUCGACCUGAAAUUGGCAUCUACCGCCAUUGUUAUAUGCUGAUCAAGGACAGGUCACUUCGAGGUUCAAUGUCUGCUGAGAAUAUCACCCACAUUGGACACCCCUCAGAUUUCGGAACCAACUGA